AUGACGGCGUCUUCCAGUGCCUUGCCAGCCGCCUCGCCCAUAGCCCCAACCCACCCGGAUGAGACGCUUCCAGUUCCCAUGGGCGCCUCCUGGCCGAUGGACGCCAAGGCGGCAAAACGCCGCCAGGAGGACGAUGAAAUCCGGAGCUACCUGGUGCAACUUGACGCGCUGCGUCAGGAGUGCGAGCAGCGCGGUGAAUUUCGCAAGGCGCAGGCGUGUCUGGAUCGAAUGCGUGAAGUCAACCUCCGGUAUGUGAAAAAAAUUGAAAUCGAGGCGCGCAAGGUAAACGUGGGGUGGAAGAGGCAGAUGCUGGAGGAGCAGCGGCUGGAGCUUCUCACCUUUCACGAUAUGUGGGAGAAUAAAUUGAGGGACUACGAUGAGAAGGCGAGACAGCUGCGACGCGAACUGGAGCGUCAACACGUCAUGGAGAUGCAGUCGCAGGACGAGCUCAUUCGCCUGGAGCUCAUGGAACGCCGCCCACGUCCCUCCAAGGCGUUGGUGGGGCUUCGUGAUGACUUAAAGAAAUAUGUGCAGCAACGAAUGUACAUGGAGGCAGAGCGGGCGCAGAAGGCGAUUGCUCAUCGCGAGGCGCAGGAACUCCAAGAGUUCGAGGUGGAAAUUGAAAAGAAAUUGCAAGACCGUUUACGAGCUCUUUCCGAGCGUCUGCGGUUGGGACAAGCCGCUGUAGAGAAGCGCCUUGCCACGAACCGCGAGGAAUUACUGUUGCAGCGUCGAAGCGACUUUGAGAAAUUAGCGAAGAAGCACAGCGCGGCUUUGCAUGCACAGGAGCAGGCCAAUGCCCUCGUUGUCGCCAGAGCGCAGGAUUGUAUUCGUCGACAGGCGAAAGCGUACAUUCAAGAUCCGGUCAAGACGGGUCUUGAAUUGGUGCACCUGACAGAGACGGCAAUGGUGGGUGGGAAUAUGGAUUGGAGUGCGGAGGGGCGGCAAGGGACAUCCUUCAAGGCAUGCAAUCGUCGCAGCGCCAGCAGGGGAGUUUCGCUGCGGCGUGCCACGCCUCUGAAGGGUACGACGACGUUUUCCCGGCCACCAUGGCAAGAUUGA